AUGCUCUUCUUCAUUGCUUCCCUCCCUUGUGCCCUUGCGGUGGGUUUGGGAUUGCUAUACUCAUUAGCCAACGCCGCCAAUCUUGACUAUAUCUGUAGGCGUCAUGCGGACAACAAUGUAAGUUCAUACGAUUCGAACAGAGUUCACGAACCAUCUGCGAUGCCUGGCCGGCCAGAAUCGGGCUAGUUGACCCCCUGCCUCUUCGAUGGUCGCAGACCAUACCCUCAGGCGGCCUGUACUGCAGUGCACUCUGGAAGGACGUGCCAGUCGAUCCGAGGGGCACCAAAUCUACCACUCAGCUUUACUAUCAGGCCUGCAUGUGUCGCAACCACAACUGGUACACGGAUUACUCAUACUGCCUGAUGAAGAGUACAUUCGCGCGCCCAACGUUCGGCGGUCUCACCUCGGCCUAAGACGUCAAAAACCUGAUCCUACCAGACAGACGUCAAAACCAACGCCGUGUGCUGACUACGUGCUCCCUUCUCCUGUGGCUCAGACACUCAAAACUCCACGUGGAUCACCGACGAUGAAAAACGACGAUGCCGAGAUUGCAAGACUGCUCUUAAAAGUGAGUCAGCAGCAUGAUUUGAUUAUAAACGACUUGCCGGAUGGUGUAAGGAGAUGCCUUACAGCGCUAUAUAUAGCCUCUCAGGGAGUAGCUAUAAUCAAUCGAGUUCUAGUUACGACUUGCUUUGAGUCAGGCGGUCGAGAACGACAGAUUGUGUUGAUAUAUAUAAGAGGCGCAUACCUUAUAGCUGGUCUUGUCCUGGAUAUACCAGUGCUGACCGAUUUGUUUCUGAACAUUGAGUAGCUGCCGUUGGGUGUUGAUCGGCGUGGAGACGAAGAUCGUAUCGACGCCGUCGUCCCGCGAGUUGUCAUCGCAUCAAUUCACCAAGCUUUCUCAUCAUCGGCACCCUUCUUUCGUCUUCGAUUCGAGCCGCCUAUCCAUUUGUUCAUUUCCCCUCAAUCUUGCCAACAUCCAGGUUACGGUCUCGUCAAGUUCCCUUCGCCAAGGCCUCUUGUCAGGGUCACUCCGUCAACUUCCUUCGUUGCCUCUGUCGCAAGCGCGCCAAAUUUCCUCGUCGUUUGGCCUUGGUCUUUUUCUUUGUUGCAAGUUCACCUCGAUCAGGAGUACACACCUAG